AUGAGUACCACCCCGCCGACACGAACAGAGAUCAUGAAUGUGUUCAUGAUUCUGGCCAUGCAGAACCAGUAUAACAGUCAAGUCAAUGGUAGCGGCGUGAAUGGCGGCAACCACGGCAAUAAUGGCUACUUGCAAAUGCCAACUUACUCGCUAUCAUACUCUGGUCCUUAUCACCCUGACCAACUGGCGCAGAUGUACAACAUGUCAGCCGAGCUCCAGCACCCUGAUGCUUCUGACUACAAUGUCACUGAGCAAACAUGGUCCACAAACUCGUAUUUGUCAGUGUGGUUGACGUCACACUCCUUGCAGCGAUUGUCGUUGCUGGAUUCUAACUUCUUCUCGAGCUACGGUGGCAUGUUCUGGAACACGACCCACCAACAGCACUACCAGGGAGCAGCAGCGGCAUCGUUUGUCCACCUGCCGAUACUUCUGCCAGACAAGUCAUCGACGGACUACCUGCAGACGCUGCAGUAUAACGACACAGAGUUGCUCUUCAACGCAUAUCUGCACCUGCCGAUGCCGCCACCAGCCUUGGAUGACUUGUUGAAGAAUGCACUCGGCUCGCUUCCGCCUCACCUGCCGAUGCUCUCGCACAAGUAG